AUGAAUCGUCAGUACUCCAGGCACUCCUCAUCACCGCUCGCACGCCCCAAGUGUGGAUACACGGGUGGCGAUUGUCCAAAACCGUUCUGGGAGGACUACGGUACAUACGUCAUAGUUGCAGCAUCGCUAGUUGGAGUACUGUUGGUUGCUGCCGCAAUUUUCUUUGCGUAUCUCAUGAGGUAA